AUGGCCGCUGCGACUUCAAGUGCUGCUUUGAUUGAAGGCAUGACUGCAAUCAGCUCAAUCGAGGAGAUUGGUAUUGUGCCUGAUGAGACGGUAAAGACGGAAGUGUUCCGCUCAGAAAACGCCGACGGCAGCAUUGUGACCAAAACAGUUCGCACGACUACUCGCACAGAGUUAUCUAGUUCAGGUGAGCUUGUGACUGUAAUCGGGGUGGAGACAACAACGGAGACAGAGACCAAAGAUGGUGCCAAGAACACGACCUUAGAAACGGAGACCUCGGCAGAGACGUGUACCGAGAUGGCCGCAGCGACGUCAAGUGCUACUUUGACUGAAGGCAUGAGUGCUAUCAGCUUAAUCAAAGAGAUUGGUAGUGUGCCUGAUGAGACGGUAAAGACGGAAGUGUUCCACUCAGAAAACGCCGACGGCAGCAUUGUGACCAAGACAGUUCGCACGACCAAGCGCACAGAGUUAUCUCGUUCAGGUGAGCUUGUGACUGUAAUCGGGGUGGAGACAACAACGGAGACAGAAAACAAAGAUGGUGCCAAGAACACGACCGUAGAAAUGGAGACCACGACAGAGACGUGUACCGAGAUGGCCGCCGCGACGUCAAGUGCUGCUUCGAUUGAAGGCAUGACUGCUAUCAGCUCAAUCGAGGAGAUUGGUAGUGUGCCUGAUGAGACGGUAAAGACGGAAGUGUUCCGCUCAGAAAACGCCGACGGCAGCAUUGUGACCACUACAGUUCGCACGACCAAGCGCACAGAGUUAUCUUGUUCAG